GCGAGGACGCAGCAGCGUUGCGCGCACACGCUUGGAGCUGGGGCUGCUGGCUGCACGGGCGCACCGUACCUCUUACCGCUGUAAAGAGAUGUGAAGGUUUCUCAGCCAAGUGUUCAGCUGUGUGUCUGGGGGCUGCAGCAGCAGGGCGCACACCGCACGGACACCAUGACACGAUGGCGGCUCCCUGGAUGACCCAUCAGCCCUCCUAUCCGGCAAAUGUUUCGGACUUCUCCGUGAAUACAGCCCUGCAGUACGGCAACAGAACGUGUGGCAACAACGAGAGCUUCAAGUUCCUGGCGUACACCAUCACGUACUGCAUCGUCUUCCCCGUGGGCCUCCUGUGCAACUCGCUAGCCCUCUAUGUGUUCUUGUGCCUGACACCCAAGACGUCGGUCAACAGAGUGUUCAACAUGAACUUGGCGUUGUCCGACGUGGGCUUCUCGCUGACAUUGCCCUUCCGGCUCAUCUACUACCUGCGCGGCGGCCACUGGGACUUCCCCGACUGGCUGUGCCGCUGGUGCGUUUUCUCCUUCUACCUGAACCUGUACACGAGUGUGCUCUUCCUCACGAGCCUCAGCAUACUGCGCUACCUGGCCGUGCUGUACCCCAUUCGGAACAGGAGCCUGGUAACGGUGCGCCGUGCCCAGUGCGUCUGCCUCGCCAUCUGGCUCUUCGUGGCCUUGUCCUCCACGCCAUUCCUCCUGUCCGGGACUCUGCAGGGCCACGGGAGGGUGCACUGCUUCGAACCCAGUAGCCUGGUCUCAUGGAGGCGCAUUUUCGCCCUGAACUACGUGGCAGUGACUUUGGGCUUCCUCCUCCCUUUCUUGACCAUCCUGGCUUGCUACACCUGCAUCAUCCACAGGCUCAUGGUGAGGAGGAUGAAUGCGAAGCAGCAGCCGCUGAACCGCCGCAGGGCUGUGCACGUCACGGCAGUGAUCCUGCUCACAUUUCUGCUCUGCUUUCUGCCCUAUCACGUGGCACGCUCGAUCCACCUGCAUGCAGUCGUCGCCCUACCGACUGGCCACCCUCGCAGGUGCGAGAUUAUAGAGCUUCUGCAGAAGAUCCUGGUGGUGACGCUCUGCCUCGCUGCCUCCAACAGCUGCUUCAACCCCUUGCUCUACUACUUCUCGGGGCAGACGUUCCGGAACACGGUGCGGAACUCUUCGCGACGGUGGUCCCGUGGCUCCCUUAGCUCCUUCAAACAGAGCAGCCUGCUGCAGGGCAGGGCCAAGUCUAGGGAGCACGGCCCCAUGUUGCCGGUCAACAGCGACAGCUACCCCUGUGACCCGGCACAGGAAAACAAUGUCAUUCUGGACAGAGCAGAAGACCUCUGAUUGGAAUUCUUUCGCAUGAAUUAUGUUUUUGUCAUUAUUUUUUGUGAGGAAACUAUAAAUUGCACUUUGUGUCAACAUUGACUGGUUGCUUUCGUUAACCAAGAAGGCCCAGAGUGAAUGUGAGGUAAUGACUUGAAUAUGUGGUGGUGAGCUGAGGAGGCAGCGGGAGGUGUUGCAGUCUGAUGGGAAUGAGGCUGCCGGUCAUAAUUGCAAUUCCUCUGGGAUCUAUUAAUUAAAAAAUGCUAUAAAGUACAAAAAUAAGCCAUGAAUUACUGCUACUCAAGUCAACAUAACACAAGAAUAUUCUUGCUGAGUAUAUUUGGUAACAGAAUGAAUGCCUUGUUUGGAGGGACUGUGGACAUGUGUAGCUCUACGGUUCGGAACUCAUGUGGUGGCAUGGAAUGAGGAUUAUGGAAACUGCGUCGGGCAAGUAGCAUCAG